AUGGUUUCCUCAUGAUGUUGCUUGUGAGCACAUCUACUCUAACUUUUCAGAAAGUUUUAAUAACAUGGCCCUGAAAUUCAGAGACAAGCCUCUCACUCAAUUGAUCGAUAUGUACACACAUUUGGUGAUGGUGUUGUUUUCAAAUAGAAGAAAGCUUGCUGCAACUUGGCAAGCUGGUGACCUUGUUCCUGCUGGAAAGAUCUCAUUAAGGUGAUGUGUGAUCUUAGAGGUAACUAUGAAUGUGAUCCUUCUAUAGAGCGCAAAGUGUAUGCGAUUACUAACAAAGCUACUAGCAAAGUGUUUGUUGUUCGGAUGGAAGAACAAUCUUGUACAUGUCGACAAUGGCAAUUGAGGAAGUUCCCCUGCAUACAUGGUGUAGUUGCAUUGUUUAAAUUGAAUCCUGAUUGGUCCAAGUGAGUAAAUUUACUACACCUAAAUAGUUGAAUGUGGUUAUGCAAUAAAUGUAUGAUGAGUGAUUGGAUCAAUUAUGUGUGCAUGUACUGCAGUAAAUACUACACAGUAGACUACUAUAAGAACCACCUACUCAUGGUAAAUAACACCAUUGAGAGACAUUGAUGAGUAUCCCAAUAAGAUUAUACAUCCACACAGAUUGAGAGAUAAGGGAAGACCUUGUGUCAAAAGAAAGAAGUCCUGGUAUGAGAAGAACAAGCCGCGAAAAAGAGUAACAAAGUGCAGUGUAUGUAAAGGUAUUGAUCAUAACAUUCUAACCUGUCAAGGUCCUCCAGUUGGAUCCAACCCCAAGAAGAAAGGAGUGAGAAUGGAGUGUUCUGUUAAUGGGGAUGAGUUAUGUAUUACUUCAGCACCAACAAAGAAGAUGAGGAAGGCCUUGUCUGCACCAAAUACUGCAUCAACAUCUGCAUCAAAGAAAGCAACAUCAUCUGCAUCAAAGAAAUCAGCUGAGGUACCACAAUUGUCAAAGGGCAAAGCAGUUGCUACUACAACAUCUACUUCUUCAGCUGGUUCCCAGAAAAAGGGUAAGACAACUGCACCAUCCUCCUCCACUGCACCCAAAAGGAAGGUAACACAUCCAUCUACUUCUUCUACACCUUCAUCUGCCUGUUUUAACCAGACUUAUCAUGGUACUGUUAAUAUUUCUAGCCAAACAAUCAACAUUUCUGAGCCACCAUCAAAAAGGGUUAGAAAGCCUAACUCUAAAUAUCAGUAAUAUCAGAAAUGUUGGGUUCCUGUUUUUCCUUAUUUAUUUUAGCAUUUAUAGACUUA